GUUUACAAUGAAUGGCACGGUCGUUCUCCGGCAAAGUUAUAAGCAUGGCGUACGUCGCACUUGCCCUCACAGUGGUCACUUUCACAACUGCCAGCGCAGCGGCGAGUUAUAGAUGGCCUGACAUCAAUCCACGUCUCGGCGUCUAUCAGGACGAAACCACCUGUUUCCCUUUUGAGUCGACCCUACACCAGAUUUACCGCAAUUUCGAGAAUGACCCAUACUUUGGAGGAGAUGCGAAAUGCGUCAGAACAGGUCCCACUGGAGAUCUCGUCGGCUCGUCCCUAAAUACCACCUUCGCAUACGGCACUGAAGGCCUACUAGAUGUCACACUAACUUUAACGUCGUCACCCGGAUACACGGCUAAAAACGUGAUUUACUAUCAACCAAGAAACAGUGACCUUGGAGACUUUGUGUUCACAGUAGCCUACAGAGAUUGCAAGAACUGCAAAGUAUUCAGACACAACUACAUAAAUAAUGGUGCUGGCUGCAGCUACUGGCUCACCAAUGAGGCGCUGGACAACAAGGACACGUGCUGCGCGUUUGUGUACGAUCUUCUCUGUGGCCCAGAGAAACACAUUAUUUAUGACGACAGCUGCGAAUGAACCCAUUUGCGCAUGGGUGGGUGAAGAGGUGUCGUCAUCUCCUGCUGAAGAGAAAUGUUCACUUAUGAGUGCAUGUACGUAAAAUAAAAAGUUCGCUGAUAAAC